AUUUUCUCACUGUUUCUUAAUCCCAAAAGUGAACAAUAAUGGUCAAGAUCAAAAACCAAACAAGAAGGAGGGUCCUCACUAUUUCUCCAUUUUCACAUGUUGGUUGAGGGACACCAUCAUGUGGCUUGAAGACGGAUACGAAACCCCACUUUCAUCAGCAAUGCUCUUGAUGAGAUGGAGAGAUGGUAGAAUCAUACACUACUGGAAGGGGAAUGCCUGGACGACUCCUUAUCUCAUUUAGAGUAGUACUCAAAUAAUAGAAAAUCAAUACAAAUUGAAUUUUCUUAGAAAAAGAAACCCAGUGUUUCACAAAUAUGUAAGAGCGAAAAAUUAUGAUUAAAGCAAAACUUCAACAAGUUCAAACUAAUUAAUCCUCUUUAAUUGUGAAAAGACAUCCGUCUUAAUUAGGUACACCUCUAAGGUCCUUUGAUAAAUAAAAGAGUGAUCUCCAUCUUAUAUUAUAGUAUUUGUAUAUGAACAGCCCAUAAAAGAAUCACGUGAUACUUAAAACACAAGCGAGAGUUACAAAAACCCUAAGAUUACCGCUAGCCAUGGAAGACCCACGGCAAGAAGAACUAGAAGAAGAAGAAGAAGAAGAAGUUAAUGCAACAACAGGAAGUUUCAUUUGUGAGGUUUGUGUUGAAUCUAUAUCCGAGAACAAGAAAUUCAAGAACAAUAACCAUUGCGUUCACCAUUUUUGUGUAAUCUGCAUUGCCAAAUAUAUUGAAACGAAGAUCACAGAUAACACAGCGAAGAUAAAAUGCCCAGGAUUGAAUUGUCAGCAAGUUUUAGAUCCUAUUUCUUGCAGAGAAAUUAUUCCACAAAGUAUUUUCUCAAAGUGGUGCGAUGUUCUUUGUGAUAAUUACAUUCUAGGGUUUGAAAGGAGCUAUUGCCCAAAUAGGAAUUGCAGGGAGUUGGUGGUGAAUGAGUGUGGUGAGAAUUUGAAGAAAAGUAAAUGUCCAAAUUGUGAGGAAUUAUUUUGUUUUGAGUGUAAGGUGGCAUGGCAUGCAGGGUAUGGAUGUGAAGAAGGUAGAAAUAUGAGGGACGAGAACGAUAUUUUGUUUGGGCAGCUUGUUGAGAAGAAAGCAUGGAUUCAGUGUCCUGGUUGUGGACACUGUAUUGAACACAGAGAUGGCUGUUUCGUUAUCACAUGCAGAUGUAACACUCAUCUUUGCUAUAAAUGUGGGAAAGAGCUUGUAGCUGCAUCGUCAUAUAGAUGUAAGUGCAGUAAAUAUAAUGUUUUACAUAUUGUACAUGAGGGUUAUAUAGCUACCAUUUUAGGAUUAGUCAUUUUAUUAUUUUAUUAUAUGUUUGUGAAAGGGAUUACUUGAUUAAAUCUCUGAUAGUGGAAGAAAGAAUUUUUGGGAUCAAAUCCCUCUUAUAUUAACCUUGAAGUAGUAUUGCUUUAAUUUGA